GCUGGUGGCCCUGUGCUUCAGGCGAGUGCAGCAGCCAGCCCACUUCUCCUACAGUGUGUCUGACGGUCGCUUGCCUGUCUGACCGCAGGUCUGUCCAUCCCUGGGGCAGCCGGCUGGCCCCAGCCCCAGCCCAGGCAGAGCCCUGUCUCUGUUUGUCUGCCUCAGCCGUGCUGACUUCCACUGUGUAGGCUCUGUCCAGAUGCCCAGCUGGCCCCCGGCCCCAGGACCAUCUCAGUGGCGACUCCCCUAGGUUCUGGACUUACACCCGACCAGGCCCCUGCCCACCUUCUCAAAACCACACCUCCCACCCCCAUCCUGAGUCCCUCUGUGACUGACCCCCACCCCCAGGAGGCCACCCGAUUGCUCCAGCCUGAGGAAUGGCUUUCUGAGGAGGACACUGAAGGAGCGGGUCUGGCACACACUAUGCCACGGGGCCUGGCUGCUCCUUUACUCCUGCUAAUCCUCCAGGGAGUUUGGGGCUGCCUGGACCUCACUUGCUAUGCUGACUACCUCAAUACCAUCACCUGUAUCCUGGAGACGUGGAGUCCCCACCCCCGCAUACUCAAUCUCACCUGGCAAGAUGAAUUCGAGGAACUUCAGGACAAGGAAACCUCCUGCCACCUGCACAGGUCGGGCCACAAUGCCACGCAUAUGAGGUACACGUGCCACAUGGCCUUGGCUCAAUUCGCGCCCGAUGAUAUUUUCACUGUCAAUGCGAUGGACCAGUCUGGCAACAGCUCCCAAGAAUGUGGCCACUUUGUCCUGGCUGAAAGCAUCAAGCCGGCUCCCCCUUUCAAUGUGACCGUGACCUUCUCAGGACGCUAUCAUAUCUCCUGGCAUUCAGAUUAUGAAGAAGCCUCCGGCUACAUGCUGAGGGGCAAACUACAGUAUGAGCUGCAGUAUCGGAACCUCGGAGACCCCUAUGCUGUGAGGCCGGUGACCAAGCUGAUCUCAGUGGACUCAAGUACCAUUUCCCUUCUCCCUGAAGAAUUCCAAAAAGGCUCUAGCUACCAGCUGCAGGUGCGGGCAGUACCCCAUCCAGGUACUACAUUCAGAGGGACCUGGAGUGAGUGGAGUGACCCGGUCAUCUUUCAGACCCAGACUGAGGAGCCCAAGGCAAACUUAGAUCCUCAACUGCUGCUGCUCCUCCUGAUUGUCUUGACCCCUAUCCUGGUUUUCAUGAGUCUGAAGAUCCACAUGCUUUGGAGGCUGUGGAAGAAGAUAUGGGCACCUGUGCCCAGUCCUGAGAGUUUCUUCCAGCCCCUGUAUGGGGAACACAGCGGGAACUUCAAGAAAUGGGUGGAUACCCCUUUCACGGCCUCCAGCCUGGAGCUGGCACCUCGGAGUCCCACAGCAACCCCAGUCCUACAUCUGUCAUCAAACCCAGCCAAGGAGAAGAAGUUCCUGGGCCUGGAAGAGCAGCUGGAGUAUGAUGGAAUGUCUGAGCCUGGCCAGUGGUCCACAGUCCCCUUGGCAGAGACACCUUACAGUGAGGAGAGAGACCGACCAUAUGGUCUGGUGUCCAUUGACACAGUAACUGUGGGGGAUGCAGAGGGCCUGUGUGUCUGGCCCUGUAGCUGUGAGGAUGACGGUUACCCAGCCCUGAACCUGGAUGCUGGCCCAGAGUCUGUCCCCGGUGCAAAGGAUCUGCUCUUGGUCACAGGCACUGCUUUUCUGUCCUGCGGCUGUGUCUCGGGUGGAGGCCUCAGGCUGGGAGGCUCCCCAGGCAGCCUCCUGGACAGGCUGAGGCUGCCCCUUGCCGAGGAAGGGGACUGGACAGCAGACCCACCCUGGAGAACUGGGUGCCCAGGAGGGGGCUCUCAGAGUGAAGCAGGCUCACCGCCCGGCCUGGACAUGGACACUUUUGACAGCGGCUUUGCAGGUUCAGACUGUGGCAGCCCUGUGGAGAGUGAUGAAGGGCCCCCACGCAGCUAUCUCCGCCAGUGGGUGGUCAGGACCCCUCCCCCUGAGGACAGUGGAGCCCAGGGCAGCUAGCAUACAGUAACCAGAUGUAAUGAGAAGAGGCCAGAAGCCUGUGGUCUCUGGGUGUGCCUCUGAGCCUGACAUUUACAGUGUGAAUGUGUAGGGGUGAGUGUGUGUGUGUGUGUGUGUGUGUGUGUGUGUGUGUGUGUGUGUGUGUGUUCAUGUGUGGCUUGGGUGUUCAUUGGUACCUCCAUUUGUGAGCAAUGCCUGUGCAUGCUCUGUGUUCACUGUCACGCCUGUGUGUCUUGCCUGAUCUUACGUGUGUAUGAAUGAAUGUAGGUAUUUCUUAGACACAAGCCUCUGAGUCCUCCCCUGCACACAUGUGGGGUGGUCACAGUGUCAAAGGAUUGGUCCAGAUUGCUGCCCCAGGGUACUGGCACCAAGCCCAACCCUACCAGGUGCCACCUCCAGGACCUAUGAAGUCCUGGCUGUUAUCUUUUCUCUUCAUGAAGAGGAUGGAGUGAGCUUUCAGUGUCCAUUGGAGUGAGAAGAUCUGGGGGGACCUGGGGAUGUAGUUGGAAACUCCAGCUCUGGCGGUGCCAGGCUCUGCAGCCUGGAGAAGCUGCUUCUGAACCCUGCUGACUUUGCCUGUCUGGACAUUAAGAAGGGCAGGACUGCCCUCGACAAGCCCUGUACAAGCUGAAGCCCAGCUCAGCUUCUUGCCUUCUGUGGCUCCUAGGAUCACACGCGUGUGCCCUGGGGUGGAAGGACAUAGAAUCAGCCUGCACCCAGAGCCUGGAUACCUGUGGCAUCGUCCUGCCAAGGGCGCCGAGCAGUUUCCAGACACACACGGUCUGCUCUCUCAGAAGCAGUCCCGCCAACCAAGCUGGGUUUUCUCUUGUUUGUUUUGGUUUUGUUUCUGGCUUCUGCUGCCUAUUAAAAAUAAUAAUAAUAAUAAUUCUUGCUGGGUGGUGGUAGUGCACACCUUUAAUCCCAGCACUCUGGGGGUGCAGGCAAGGAUAAAGGUGGAUCUCUGUGAGUUGAAGGCCAGUCUGGUUGGUAGAGUACAAAGUGAGUUCCAGGGCAGCCAAAACUACACAGAGAAACCCUGUCUCGAUAAAGGAAAAGAAAAAAGACAGACAGAUAAUUCCUCUAAAUACCCAGGAAAUGUUUACCAAGUACCAGGCACGGGGAAAGGGUACAGAGCACAAUGCCCACAGAACCCUCUGUAUGAUACCCACAGAGGGCAGGGCCAUAAAGGAGCCAUCCAGAACCUGCUCUGGGCACUCUGUGGACAGUACCUGCUUUUCCCCUGCCUGCCCUGAGUGGGCAUCUCUUGCAUCCAAUGAUUCUUGCAAGCGUGCUGUGUGAAGUACUGGGAGGUCCUGGGACAUUCCACCCCAGACACUAGCGCUAUUUAGAGAGUGCCAAGAUUGCUUAGACCUUGCUGUCUUUUACUUUCUUCUCUCCCUCCCUCAUCCUUCCUCCCCUUCUUCCCUUCCUUUGUCCCUUUCUUCUUGAACAGUCUGUUCGCCCUGCAAGGAUACACACCGGAGAUGCACUGUGGUAUUUGCAAAACCAGGCAGGGCUGAGGCAACAGAAGGCCCGGCCCUGUUCCUGACCCUGUGGGAUGCCUCCGUAAUGGCUGGGACUCCAGAAUCUCUCCUCUAUGGCGCAGUCUGUCCAGACUGCAGAGCUGGGCUGGGAAGCAGUGAGCAGCGAUCAGCUCAUCUAUAUAAAGCAGGGGAGCUUGUGGAAUCACCAAGGAAUGCAUGCGUGUCCUCUGUAACUGACUCAGGGCUGGGAAGUUCUGGAAUACUGGCAGUUUCAACAGUGAGACUGAGCUGAACCUAGGACCAGGGUGUGAGAGGCUCAGACCAACAAAACCACAACUCCUUUCCUGCACAUGCAUACAGCCCCACCCUGCAGCAGCCCAGACACUUAGACCAAAGCGUGCUGUGGUUUUCACAUCCUCUGGGAGCCUCAGACUGCAGGUGUUCUUGGCAGCUCUCCAGGGAGCCAGUUCAGCCCCCACCAGUCCCCACCUGCAGAAAGAGCUCCUGACUAGGUGUAGACAGGAAGAACAUUCGGGGCUGAGGAGCUGGCCCUCACCACUUCCAUUUUGAAAGGACACCACUCACGAACAAACAUGAAUGCAAAGUCGGAGGCAAGACCUGGGCCACCUAGGAUUAGCAGUGGGUAGAUAGGAUGAUGGUGAAAGGCUUGAAGGGAUGACAGCUGGAUGGAGAGACAGAAACUCGGCGCAAGAGCUGGUAGACCAGAUGCAGUCUUACGAAGCUAGUUGCUCUGUCUGCUCCCGGUUUUGCCCCCAACCCCAUACAUAACAGGUGCUUAGUAAAG